AUGUUUGGUUGCCUAGUAGCAGGUCGUCUCCUCCAGACGAACCUUGCGCAAAUCGACGAGACGCACGCGACAUUCGAGAUCCACAACGCGACCGCGGUAAAUCACCUCUGUGUCUUCUUGCUUGGAACAGUCCAGUUCCCGGAAGGCUAUGGCGCGACCGUACACUUUUUCUGGCCAGGCAAGGGUUUCCAAUUACUUGGGAUGCUCUCCAACGAGAAGCCCUCCGCGAUCUUCCGUGUGCGCGGCACGUACGCCGCACAGUCCACGGACGCUCACGCCGUAUUCACCGGCGCAACCUCCUCCGCACUCACCCUCGUCACCCCCGGCUCACCCCCGCCCACCGACGUGGUCGCGCACGUCGGGAUAUCCAUCGAGCCGCUCUCCCAGAUCCAACAAGAAGUCGUCGCGCUCCCCGGUCAAGGUCAAGCAGUUCUUACCGCCGAAGGCAGGGCGACUCAGGCUGCGGUCAUGGCGGAUCGCGUGGUCAAGAAUCUGUUCAACUACCUCUCGAGCUUCGUCGACGGGAACCCGGCAGCGAUGGGCGCGGACGUGAUGAUCCCGAUGGGCAUGAUUGGGCGGUGGUACGAGAACUUCAUGGCGAAGCUGCGGACUUCCGGGGCGGGGUUUCUGGAGCGGCAAGAAUAG